AUGGAACACAUCAGUCCCGGCGAGCGCGCCGCAGAACUGCGCCGCGAGCUCAACUACCACGGCUAUCGCUAUUACACCCUCGACGACCCAGUGAUCGGCGACGGUCAGUAUGACUCACUGAUACGGGAACUUCGAGAAAUCGAGACGGCUUACCCUGAACUGCUAACACCUGAUUCGCCCACGCAAAGAGUGGGAGGGGAUCCUUCACCAGCCUUCGAUGAAGUUGAACACUCCCGCCCCAUGCUCAGCCUGGGAAACGCCUUCGACUUCAACGAGCUAGCCGCAUGGCACAGGCGCAUAACCGGCUUGCUGGACGGAGCAUCCUUCGACAUGGUCUGCGAGCUGAAGAUCGACGGUCUCGCGGUAAACCUCACCUACCAGGACGGCAUCCUGGCUCAGGGCGCCACCAGGGGUAACGGCACCACGGGCGAGGAUGUGACCCGCAAUCUGCGGACCAUAAAGACCAUCCCCAUUUCCCUGCUGCGGGGCGCUCCGGAACACCUCGAAGUCCGGGGAGAGGUCUUCCUGCCAAUCGCCGAGUUUCAGCGAUUGAACGAGGAGAGGGCCGAGCGGGGCGAUCCGCUGUAUGCCAACCCGCGCAAUACCGGCGCAGGCAGCAUCCGGCAGCUGGACCCAAAGGUUACCGCAGCCCGAAACAUGGAAAUCUGGGUCUACGCUCUUGGCGAUCCCAACGCACCGGAAGUUCCCAGGGACCACUGGGCCGCACUCGACUGGCUCCACGGCUUGGGCUUUCGCAUCAACCCGGAGAACCGCCCGUGCCGCACACUGGACGAGGUGCAGGACUACUACCAGUCCUGGCUGGAGCGACGACACGACCUGCCCUACGAGGCGGAUGGAGUUGUAGUCAAGGUCUCCUCCCUGGACAUGCAGGACCAGCUGGGGGUAGUGGGCCGUGAACCUCGCUGGGCCAUAGCCUACAAGUUCCCGGCGGAACAGGCAGUAACUAAACUCCUUCACAUCGGUAUCAAUGUGGGCCGGACCGGCAGCCUCAACCCCUACGCCGUGCUGGAGCCGGUAGUGGUCAGCGGCGCGACGGUGCAGCACGCCUCGCUGCAUAACGAGGAGGAUAUACACCGCAAGGACAUCCGCGUAGGCGACACGGUCAUAGUGGAACGGGCAGGCGAGGUCAUACCUCAGGUGGUUUAG